AAGAAAGGGGUAUUUCCGUCAAUUUACAGCUAUUAUCCGCGAUUCCCCAAGAGACGCGUUGGAGUCACAUUAAUUUCUCAAAACAGAGGGUCCUUGGUUUCUUUCUCUUCUCGACCCUCCUCAUUGCUGCAGACAUCUCUCUCUCUCUCUCUCAGAGAUAUUCCGGCGAGUCUCCGAUGGUUUCGCUUCACCACCACCGCAGGAUCCAAAGCAAAAAAGAGAAAAAUCUCUUCGUUCCGUCUCCCGACGAUCUCGCCGUCAGAUUCCGGUGAAUCUCCGAUCAAUCUCCGUAAUUUAGUACCAGCGUCAGUCUCCAGAUUCGUUUUCUCCCAAAGUAUCAUCAUGCCGCGGAGCUCUCGACACAAGAAGCAGCACAAGCACAGCUCCAGGGAUUUCAAGGAGCGUUCGGAUUCCGAAGGAGAAGAGAUCUCGAAAGAGAGGAAGGUGAAGGAAGAUCCCGAAAUUAGGGUUUCGCGGGACUCGGAUUUGGCAGGGAAAAGGAAAUCGCCAUCACAACCUCGGCAUGGCAAGGAUCCGCCAUCCGGAGAUUAUGGCUCUUCGAAGCGGCGCAAGGAUAGGGCUGGUUCGCCUGUUGCGGCUGAUCGGUGGAACGGCGGUGGGAAUGAGCGAGACGAGGGUUCGUUCGGGGAGAAGGCGGGGGAAGGUGAGGGUUUGGGAGCGGAGUUGGAGAAAGUGCAGAAGUCGAAGGCGUCUGCUGAUUCCAAGAGCAGGUCUAGCAGCAGACGGCAUGAGAUUUCAAGUGAAAGGAAAGAGGAGGCUUUUGUAGCAGAGAGCGAUUCUAAGCGGAAGUCAGAGAAGGAUUCAAGCUGGAAAGAGGCUCAUCAAGGUAAGGAAGUGAAUGAACGUGGCAUUGAGAGGGAUAGGAAGGUUGAAGAUGCCAGACGGGAACGGUCGGUUGAUGUCACGACAGGGACAGCUGACGGGUCUAGUGAAGUGAAUAGGAAGCGAGAAAGAAAGAUGGAAGGUUUGGACGAAGAGCAGAAGGCGAAACAAGAGGUAGAAAUUACUGAAUGGCAAAUGCAAGAUGAGGUGCGCAAUCCUGAAUUGGAGAAAGAAUUGGAGAAGCGGAUUAGGAGGAGGAGAGAUGGCUCUGAUGAUAGGGAUAAAAAGCAAGAGGACAAUAGAGAUGGUGAUGAUACAAAAUUAUCUUCCAGGGAUGAUCGCAUAAAAAAUGGUAGAUAUAAAGAUGAAAGGCAUAAAGAUGCAAGAUACAGCGAACAUAGAGAUGAAAGGCAUAGAGAUGAGAGGCAUAAAGAUGGAAGAUACAGCGAAUAUAGAGAUGAAAGGCAUAAAGAUGGAAGAUACAGUGAAUAUAAAGAUGAAAGGCAUAAAGAUGGAAGAUACAGCGAUAAGUACCGUGAAGACCCUGACAAGGAUCAUAGAUACCGAGAUGAUAAACUCAGAGAGGAACACUCUUCUCGAGAUCGUACCAGCAAGAGGUCUGACAGUAAACAUUUCAGGGAUGAAAAUAAACCUUCAGAAAAUCGUCACAAGAAAACUAAGCCUCAGGAUAGUGAUCAUGAUGGUAGCCCAUAUGUUGAUGACCGAAGCAUCGGAAACAAAGAUAGCAGAGGAAGGAAAAGGUUGUCUGAUGAUAAUGAGGAUCAUCACAGUGAUCUUAAGUCCCAUAGUACCAAAGAACAUCGUAUUGAUGUUGAGAAAAAUGCACUGAGAAGUAGUAGAGUCGAUUCCCAUUCUGAGAGGGGAAGGUCUGAAUCGCAUUAUCGCCAUUCAGAUGUUGCCGAUUCUGCAAGCAACAGCCGACUUAAGAGUUCCCCCGGCUCCAAUGCUCCCAUUGUCAAAGAUCAAUCCCGCCAUGGCUCAAAGCAAGUGGACUCUACAUAUAGAGAUUCAUUGUCCAAAGAAAGGAUGCCUGAUACAGCUUCUACAAGAGAGCUUGCUAGUGUUAUCAGAGAACCCGAGAGAGUGUAUGAGCCGCACUCCAUGGAGAAGCCCAAACAAAAGGACGACAUCCACUUGGAUGAAUUACCAUUGAAAAAUGCUGCCACUUCCCAAUCAGAAAGGUCCCCAAACUUGGAUAAUGAGGCCUCACCCAUUCGGUUAAGGGAAAAGUCCCCUUCGUCAACAAGUGGCGACAGGCGACAUUCAGGCAGAAGUGUGAGGCGAAGUCUUGACGUGGAAGAAAUUGGACGGAAGAGCAGCGGUUCUAUGGAUGUGGAAGAAACUGGACGGAAGAGCAUCAGUUCCAAGGAUGGCAGGGAUAAUUCUGUCAGUGAUGAUAGAGGCCGGGAGUUGCAUUUGGACAAGCCAGCUAUAGAUGAGUUUUCUCCAGAACUGCUCAGCAACGAACCGCCAACACUUGGUUCAUCAUCUUUUAAUAGAACUGGUCAGCUCCAUAGCAAUUCAGCAAGUCUUCUUCCUCCACCUCCACCUUCAUCUUUUAGGCACGGGAUUGAGAGCCCUUCAGUAUUGGGCUCGUUGGAAGAUGACGCUAGAGGUCAGACAAGUGACCGCAAGGCCGGGAGUCGUUACAAAAGGACUGGGGAUCCCAAUAUGGGGAGAGCGCAGGGGAAUGCUUGGAAGGGUGUUGCAAACUGGCCUUCAUCAGUGACAAAUGGCUUCAUUCCAUUCCAACAUGGGCCACCUCCUGCAUUUCAUGCAAUGGUUCAGCAGUUUCCUACUGCACCUCUGUUUGGUGUCAGACCAUCCAUGGAAUUGAGUCAUGCAGGGGUUUCUUAUCACAUGCAUGAUACUGCUGGCCAUGCCCGUCCAUAUGGGUGGCGGAAUCCAGUGGACGAUCACUUGCAUGGAUGGGAUGGAACCAAUGGUGUCUUUGGAGACGAAUCUAAUAUCUAUGGUAGGCCAGACUGGGAUCAGAGUAGACACUUGAUGAGCAGUCGAGGGUGGGAGAUGAGUGCAGAUCCGUGGAAAGGACAAAAUGGAAGUAUAAAUAUGGAGUUCCAGGCACCCCAGAAGGAGCAGGAUAACUCGGCACGUAUCCUGGCAGAUGAAACUUGGAAUGGACAGUCAAGCCAACGAUCCCGGAGUGAAAGGAACCGACCAGAACAUCUCCCAGCCAUAAGCACUCCGAUCAAACAAUUUGAUGGUCUCGCUUCAGCAAAGGAUUCCAUUGAAGCUCCUCCAGAAUUUGUCCACAAAAAGACAACUGAAACUUCCAAAUUAUCAACCGAUAGUAGUGCGCCUUUUUAUCGUAUUUAUCUUUCUAAGCUUGAUAUCUCGGUAGAUCUUGCCCAUCCAGACUGCCUGAGAUUAUUGGAAAUGGAAGGAGAAACAACUGAUGAAAUCAAUUCUAAUGCAUUCCUGGAGGAGGACACAAAGGUAGGUGGAAAGAGCUUGGAUCACAGUCUGAGGGAUUCUCUUUUUCCUGCAAUAACAGAAACUGUUUUUCAGAGAUCCAUGGCGCUUUACAAGAAGCAGAUGGAAGAAAGGAAUGUGAAGAUCUGUACCUCAUCAUCUCUCGAGUCAAAUCUGGAGGAAGUUACCCCAGCUUCUGAUGAGGAGAAAGCAGAGUCGGCGGAGGAGAAAGCAGAGUCAGCGGAGGAGAAAACAGAGGCAGUGGAGGAUCACUCUUUGGUAGCUGGCCAUGCUUCACCUGCUAUCAGCUCACCUAUUGAUGAGGAACAGAGAAAUGGGACUAGCAAUUCUGACAGUGAUUUUUCUUUGGACGCUAACAAGCAACAGUCUGAUGCUGUUUCUGGUUCCAUUGUUUUGGCUGAUGAUGGGUCUCAGGGAUGUGAGGCUUUGAUGCCUGAGUCGGUUGAGUGUAGGGAAAAUUUAAGUCGGAUACAUAAUUCUCCUGAAAGUACACAUUGAGACGAUUUUAUAUUCCAUCCUUUUUAAAAUGCCGUUCUCAUUCAAAAUCA